AUGGCACAAAUGGCCGACCCCAGGGAGCCUCAACGUCCUCAGUAUCCCCCUCCGGACGACCCGAGUCAAGGUGGCUAUUACGCGGCGCAGUCUCCCUCCAGACCCCCUCCGAGAGACGAGCGCAACCCGUAUCCUCCGCCAGACCCAGCGCGAUCAGGCCAGUAUCCGGAUCCAAGAGCCGCACAUUCAUACCCUCCUCCUGGCUCGUGGGCGCCUCAGCAUGGUGCAUAUCCGCCUCCUUCUCACUAUCCGGAUCCUCAACACCAAGGUUAUGGCUAUCCGCCCCGAGCGGAUGUAGGUCAACCGCCUCAGCCGAUGCACCCGGACGCCUAUCGCCUCCCUCCGCCAUAUCCCCCUCCAGGCUACUAUCCUCCGCAGCACUAUGCGCCGCCACCACCUCCCGCGGCGGCGGCCCCGCGGCAACGUACGGCGAUAGCCUGCAAGUAUUGCAGAAAGAGAAAGAUUCGCUGCUCAGGCUACGACAGUUCGCCCGACGGCCGCUGCCAGAAUUGUGUGCGCUUCAAUCAACAAUGUCUGUUCCAUCCGGUCUCUUCGCAAGCCGCCUUUGUGCCUGCCAACGCUGUUUACGGACCCAACGCUGCUCGCGCUCCUGUGGCCGGGGCCGCCGACGGACGCAAUGGACACUACCCGCGUGAAGGAGAACAGCCUAUGCUGUACGGUGCUCACGGACAACCCUUGGGACCUGCUGGACCUCAUGGACAACCCGCGUACAAUUAUCCUCCGCCUCAACCUCACGCGUAUCCUCCUCCGCAAUCCUACUCUUCGUACCCACCACCUCCGGGCAUGGCUCCCUAUCCCCCGGCUGGAUCUCCGUAUGACCCUCAGGGGCAGGCUCAACCCGCCCAACAUGAUGAUCGUGUCAGUCAUAAGCGUCCCCCUCCUGAUGAUGACCCGCAUAACGAGAACACUCAUUCGUCUCAGUCUCCUCAUCCCAACUCUCGCCCUCGUCACAGCACCUAUGACUCUCGUGCCAACAGUAGCGGUAGCUACGAGUAUGCUCCCAACAGCGGUGCCCCGACUUCUCCGGCUACCUCCAACAUGAGCUAUCAAUCUCAUCCCCAGCCGCAGACCCAUUAUGUUAACGGCGCCCAGUCUCAAAAGGGCACGGGUUCCCCGCCACAGGGGUUGACGCCUCAAUCGGCACAUAGUUUCAAUUCGCCGCACCACGCACCCGUCCACGACGACGGGCGAACUCCGCCACCGGGUCAAAAUAACCGCAGCAUGAAGGUGCACGAUAUGCUUGGCAAUCCCACGGCCGGGGUGCCUCCUGAACAACGCGCCAGAAAUGACAACGAAAUGCUGAGCAAACUCGACGGCAAGAAGUAG